UUUCAGAUAAUUAGUAUGGCAAAUGAAAAACAAGGUGCCUGACAGACAGAAGGUUUUCCUGGAGGAUAACGGUCUGCCGGUUCACAUUAAAGGAGGCUCUACUGAUGUCCUUCUGUACCGUUUGACCAUGACCAUCACAUUAGCAGGCACUGGCUUUUCCUGUUACUGGUUGCUGUUGGCAUGUAUGCCCAAGAGUAAAGCAUAAUAACUUUGAUACUGCAUGAUGCUGUACAAAUCUAUUUCAUUUCAAAUACCUUAAACAAUAAAAAAACACAUAUAUGAAAACUA